CCUUCCCAGCAGCGAAGGCGGAAACAAAAGAGCCCGGCGCCGCCGCCCGCACACUCGCGCACCGCGCUCGGGCGCACACGGAGCAGCCCCGCGAGGCGGCAGCCCGGGACACGCGGACCAGCCGCAGCCCCCGCCGCCUGCCCCAUGGCGCUGAAGAGGAUCCAGAAAGAAUUAAGUGAUUUACAGCGCGACCCACCUGCUCACUGCUCCGCGGGACCUGUGGGAGAUGACCUGUUCCACUGGCAAGCCACCAUCAUGGGGCCCCCUGACAGUGCAUAUCAAGGUGGAGUCUUCUUCCUCACUGUCCACUUCCCGACAGACUAUCCCUUUAAACCACCAAAGAUUGCUUUCACGACAAAAAUCUACCACCCAAAUAUAAACAGCAAUGGAAGUAUUUGUCUUGAUAUCCUGCGGUCCCAGUGGUCUCCAGCUUUGACUGUAUCUAAAGUAUUGUUGUCCAUAUGCUCGCUGCUCUGUGAUCCUAAUCCAGAUGAUCCCUUAGUACCAGAUAUUGCACAGAUCUAUAAAUCAGACAAAGAAAAAUACAACAGGCACGCAAGAGAAUGGACUCAGAAAUAUGCAAUGUAAUGUUUUCAAACACUUUCACUUAUACCAGAGUACUGUAAAAUCUGUGUCUUUUUCAACAUUAGUAGUAAAUCGAGCGCUGUUGGCUGUCUCCUUUGUUCCAUGAACCCUUUGGUUUCUACUCAUUUUAAAUGUGUUUCUGAAGCAAGACAGAACAAACCUCCAAAACUACCCUUGAAACUGUGCUGAGAGCAUUCAGCAUCUUGUGCUCGUUGAGGAGGACAUUUAUUUUGGUUUCUGAGACACUUGGACACCUGCAUCUUCGAAGCAAGAUCUGCGACAUCACUGAGAAACAACCAGAUGAUUAGAUGAUUUUUUUUUUUUUGCUGAAAGGAGAUGUUUUUACAUGAGAAACACUGUAUGUAUUGUCCAAGAUGUCAUCACUUUUAUAAAUCUGAAUUCAGAUUUCAUUCUUUGUUAGCUCACUUUAUAAUUUGUAUUUUUUUACUGUAUAGACUAAAUAUAUUCUAUGUCAACUCAUGACUUUUUUCCCUGUGAACAGUAUUGAAGCCCCCAACAACUGAUGAUGAAUUAACUGUGCCCCCUUGUCUUAGGAUAUUCUGUGGGUUGAAUGCAUAUUUCUUAAGCCGGAACUGAUCUUCACACUGUAUUUCCCAGUAUACCGAUUAGAAUGGAGAGACCCUUGUUUUGGUUUUACUGUACUUGACUUAACUUUAUUGCAAUGUGAAUUAAUUGCACUGCUAAGUAGGAAGGUGUGUUACUUUUUCUUUUUUUGGUUGCUCUUCACAUUUUAAUUUUUUUCUGUAUAGGCAAUAUUAUAUUGACACCUUUUACAGAUCUUACUGUAGCUUUUUCCAUAUAAAUAAAAUGCUUUUUCUACUA